AGAUUCUUUCUUGAAGGCUCAUUAUCGUAUGGAGUAUUAGGGUUUGAGGCUCAAGAGGUUCGAGAGCCAAGGCCGAAUUCGCGCGAAGGUUUCCUGUUCCUGUAUUUGGAGAUCGUCGACCGCCUGAGUUCGACUCAUAUUAACGGCCAGCCCCCGUCAGCGGCGCGACUCGCUAUAAAUUUUCAUCGUUUGGGAGCCGAUAUUCGUACUUACUCUUAUGACCUACCGUUAUUGUUCCUGUCGAGUGCGCAAGUCAAUUACUGCUUAAAUUUGCCACUUUUAUGGUGUUGCGCCGGUUGUCUCUGAUCCCUUGGAUUGAAAAAUGCAUAUUGGCAAGGUUCCCCCUUCGGCCCCGAGCGAUUCAGAUAAGCCGGUAGAGGAGAUUAUUGGGAGCAAUACCUAUCAUCCCGGCGUUGCCGCUUCCGAGGAUGACGAGCUUCACGUCCCAUGUCCUCCUCAUACCACGGAGCGGAAGCUCAUGACACGUGUCGACUGGCAAUUGAUACCAUUCCUUUGUAUUCUUUAUCUGCUGGCUUUCUUAGACAGAGUCAACAUUGCCAAUGCGAGAUCUUUCCGGUUGGUUGAGGAUUUACAUCUAGAGAAUCACGAAUAUAAUACGGCGUUAACUAUAUUUUUCGUGCCGUAUAUCAUUUGCGAGAUUCCUAGCAAUAUCUUCCUGAAGAGAUUCUCACCUCGCAUAUGGCUCCCUACCUGCAUGCUGGGGUUUGGCAUUUCGUCCCUGUGUCAAGGUCUUGUACAGAACUACUCAGGUCUCCUUGCAACACGCUUCUUCCUAGGGUUGUUCGAGAGUGGAAUGUUUCCUGGAUGCUUCUACCUUAUUAGCAUGUGGUACAAGCGAAGUGAAUCGCAAAAGCGUUAUUCCCUAUUCUUCACGUCCACUUCUUUGGCUGGAGCCUUUGGAGGUCUUUUGGCCUCUGCUAUAGGAAAGAUGCAGGGUAUUCGUGGAUACAAUGGCUGGAGAUGGAUUUUCAUACUUGAAGGAAUCCUUACAUGUCUAGUUGCGGUUGUGUUCUAUUUUAUUUUCCCUUCUUUCCCCGAGGAAGCUAAGUGGUUGACUGAAGAGGAGCGGACUUAUAUCAAAGCUCGCCUGCAAGCUGACCAAGGCCAUAAUGCUGCCGAUCGCAAGACGACCUUCCGCGAUGUUAUAAACGUAAUGAAGGACCAUCGCGUCUGGCUUGGCGGCUUCAUGUACUUUGGAUUGAUCGUUCCCGCAUACAGUUACGCUUUUUUCGCGCCUACCAUCAUUUCGACAUAUCACUACGAUGCUAUUCAGACUCAGCUCUACAGCGUGAUCCCUUGGGCUGCAUCAUUCGGCUUUUCUCUACUAACGGCUGUGUUAUCCGACUGGAUGCACCACCGUGCAGCUUUCGCACUUGCGCCGCUUGCCUUGGGUCUUACAGCCUUCGGCGUUUUGCUCAGCGUCCACGACAACACACCUGUUCAAUUUGCGAUGUUAUGUCUUGUUACGAUGAGCACUUACAGCGUGUUACCCAUUACCGUCUGUUGGUUUAGUAUGAACCUUGGUGGUCAUCAUCGCAGAGCUAUAGGUACAGGGUGGCAAAUUGGUUUUGGCAACAUUGGUGGGAUCAUAGCUACAUUCGCGUUUAUCAACACUGAUGCCCCCUAUUUCAAGAACGGUUAUUCGAUCUGCCUUGGAUUCACAUGUUUGAGCGGCUUGGCGUCGGUCUUGUAUCUCAUUUCGAUCUACCGCGAAAACCAACGGAGAAAGAAGGCUGUUAGAGACGUAGGGUUGUCGAAUUACGAAAAGGGCGAGUUGGGCGAUCUAAAUCCCGAGUUUAGAUAUAUGUAUUAAGCAUGUAGAGGAGCUAGCGUGCAAUCAUGUUUGAUAGACAUGGGAUUAGAUAGUGAUGAAAAAGGGGGUUGGAUAAGUGGGAUAUGUUAAUUAAAAUGAGAUACCGAGCGCCAAAAAAUAAGUAUGUGGCUGUCCUCUAUAUGCACGUGUACGGUGGGCCAUAUGCCCUAAACCGCCAAACCGCCAAAAAAUACAUGACAUAAUCUAAGAUUGGAUGACAUAAUCAUAAAAUAGGUAAAUUUUCAUUAAAC